AUGGACCCCCACCCGCAGCAAUGUACAUUGUCCCAUAGCAGCACCAUCAUGGCAGGAGGACGGGCCCGCCGCUCGGCCUCAGGCGAAGCCUCGGUGCCCGACGAGCCGGAGUCGAACAAGCGCGCGUGCGACUUUUGCCAUCAGAUGAAGAUCAAGUGUGUGGGCAAGGACAACCCGCCAUGUAAGCGCUGUCGCAGCCUCGGCGAAGAAUGUACCUUUGAUCGUCGGCGCGCGGCCGUGCCCACGCGCACAGACAAGGAACGGCUGCUGGCGCUCGAGAACCAGAUGGGCUCGUUCGGCGCCGCACUGCAGGGCCUCACGGCGCUCAUUGCAGAGAACACCGCCCAGCUCAAGGUCAUGUCGGCGGGACAGACGCCAUCCAUCGUCUCCAACCCGUCCACGCUGGCACAGUGGGUGCAGGCAGUUCCGCCAGUCGCUGCUGCACCGUCACCCGAGGUAACCUCCGCCCCAUCAAUGUUCCCUCCACGCGGUAUCCCGCCAGUCAGCUUCUCGAUAUACGCCAACCCCCAAGCCCAGGUCUCGGCCCUACGCGCCGUGCACGGCGGGUCGAGCGAGACGUGGUCCGGACGGGCGAGCAACACUGGGGACGAGGACGACGACGGGGAAGAAGGGGAAGAGUACGCCGAGGUCGACGCGCAAGUGCACGACAUCACGCCCUCGGACGACGAGGACGGCGAGAUUGGCGGCCGCCGCCCGCUGGCGACUGCACUCGGCCCUUUCCUCCAGAGCGAGGAAACGGCCCGGCUGCGCAGCGACGGCGUGAAUGUCGGCGGCGCUGCGAAACGGCCUCAUGAUGGAGUCGAUGGUGGCGACAGACAGUCCCGCCGAGCAAGGGUAGACUCGUGUACCUGCACUGCGAACCACAGCAUUGGCGCCGAGCCUGCUGAUGACGACCCCGUCACCCUCGGGCUGGUCGGCGAAGAGGAGGGGAGAAGGCUGUUUGACCUGUUCCACGCUGGCGCAUCGGAUUAUGUGCCAAUAUUCGACCCGGCGACGGAUACGUUUGACGAAAUACGCCGCCGGAGCCCUCUUUGCCUCACCACCAUCAUGAUGAUCGGGCAGAUGUGUGCCGACGCCGAGGUUGGGGGCAAGAGCGAGCUCGGGGUGAAGCUCAAGCGCCAUGCCGAGAAGAUUGCCGCCUCGACACUUUUCUCGCCGAUCGCGAGCAUGAGCAUCGUGCAGGGCUUGAUUCUAUUAGCUACUUGGGGCGACACGGCGUGGAGACCUGUCAACCAUGCAAACGCCGUUGCCGUCGACAUGGGCCUGUAUCGCUGUCUCCCCAACCUCAUAGCAACAGGCAUGGGUGCCGGACGCACGCCGGACGAGCUGGAGGCCGACCGCCGCUGCGUCAUGGGAGCACGACUGUGGCUGGUGUUGACCCGGUUCAAGCUCGCGAUGAGCAUGAACCACGGACGGCCAGUCGUCAACCCCGACGAAGACGGGACGAUCUCCACCGCGCGCCGGCUGCUCGAGCACCCCCUCUCUAUCCCAACAGACAGCCGGUGCAUCGCCCUCGUCGAGCUCGUCCUCCAUCGCCAGAUGGGACUCCAGAUGCUCCUGACGCCAGAGUACGUCUCGCCGCCCGAGGUCGACGAGAUCGUGCACAAGGCCAACGAGGCGUUCGACGGCUGGGGCGACUUCUGGGCCGAUUACUACGCCUCGCGCGGGACUGGCGCGGACAACUUCCUCGUGACCGAGCUCUCCGUGAUGAAGUCGCACAGUAUUCUGCAGUUUCACUACCACGUCCUCCGCGGCGUCCAGACCAAGCUCGACGUCGACUGCCUCCCCCGCAGACGACGGCACUGGCUCGUGCGCAGCUUGCACGUCGCCGACGAGCUCGUGGCACACAUGGUGCAGCCGGAGGCCCUCGUGCGGCUGCGCUUCGCAGAUCACUAUGCCUUCGUCGGUCUGGCAUUUGCCGCAAAGUACCUCCUCCGCCUGGCGCGGAUCCUCCCCGAAAGGGUCGACCUGCGCGGCGUGGUACGUAACGUCACCACGCUGGCAGACCAGUUGAACAGAUUCCCCGGCUUCAGUUUCCACCGGCAGCUGCGGCAUGUUGCUGCGAGAACACGCGCACGCCACCGUCUCCCGGAGUCCGGCCUACCGAGCCCACAUGCGACGACGACCGAGCUGCCUGUACCUGCCCCGCUCGUGUUGUUCCCCGAGGCUGAAGCCCUGGGGACGGCAGCCGACGAGUUGGCCUUCGCGCAGUUUUCCGAGAAUCUGGAGGCGCUGAAUGGGAAUGAGAGCGAGUGGCUAGAUCUACUGGUGGACGGGCCAUUCACGCCGUUGUUGGCUCAAGAGUCGCCACCGCAGGCAGUCGGGGUAGCGUAAUGACUUGGAGAUGCGAGCGACGUGAGGUGAUGUAGGUACAUAGUC